AUGGGAGCUCGUCGCUACGUUGGUGGCUCAUGGUGGUUUCGCCGCAGCUCCGAUGAAGGGAGGUGUGGUGGUGCGAUUCACGGUGAGGGCGAGAAAAACAAUGGUGUGGUGGCUCGCGGAGGGGCUAGGGCUGCCGCACGCGACUCAGACGCGGAGGUGUGCUGUAAGCUUUAUGACGCGAUUCACGAUGGCGUGGUGGCUGUGGAAUUGUCGAGGGAGGCCACGGUGGCUCGCGGAGGGGCUAUGACUGUCGUGCACGGCUCAUGA